UAAAUUAUUUUUUGGAAAUUAUUAUUAACUUUUCUUAACAAAUAAUUUACAAAAUCCUUACUUUGUGUUCCAAGCAAUUUGUUUUUAUAUUGUGUACGGAUGUAUUAUUUUCGCUUCCAAGGCAAAAACAAUUUUCAUUGAGAAAUACACAUAACGGCACAUGCGCAUUUAAAAAAUAUCUCAAGUUCAAUGUGCGAAUUAAGUUUAAAAAGAAAUUCAUUCAGAAAAUGUCUAAUAUUGGAGUAGCCUUACCUAUUUUAGUUAUAACGUAUGACAUUACAUAUUGGAUAUAUCGAAAAAACACGCUAAUUUCGAAACUAAAAAUUAAAUAAUUUAUUACAAUGGUUGAAGUAAAAAAUAUCUUUAAUCUCACAGAUAAAAUACCGGUUUAAUUUUUUCUAAUUUUUUAACAAAUCUUUUUGAUAACGGUACAACUCUUGUGUCCACACAUUUGUACUGUGAUGAACACUAUUUGCAACCCUGCUCGUUUAGUGCAGUCACAGCAAUCCAGCAAAUACAAAGGGGAGCUGAUAAAACAACAACUGACGAAGAAAAUAGGAGCGACUGCGUUUAGGAGCAGAGCAACAGCGCAGUCAAUGCGGACAGACGGAACGGAUACGCGUAUCAGGCAUAGUGGUGGAGGCGAAAAUGUUCACGCAAUUUUUUAUUAAGGAAAAUUUAAAUAAAUAAUGUAAAAAUAAAUUAGAAAACGUCGCUUUAAUCCACAAUAUUAAUGACGGUGCAAUGUAUGUACAUACAUACAAAAAUUUGCCUCUGCACAUUUAUAAAAUAAAAAAAAUAAUUACAUAUGCUUGAAGUGAUUAAGUUAGAAAGUUAAAAAUUUUGUAUAUUUGGUAUACAAACGGUGAUUACGGUGGCCAAACAGCAAACCAAGCGGACGACGCCCAGAGUCUUCAACCUGUGAGUGCCAAAAGAAAAUAAUAAUAAAUCCGUGUAAAUAUUAGUGGACAAUUUUCAUAUAAUAAACAAAAAUAUUAAGCAACAAAUCGCAAAUUAAGAAAAAUUAACCAUUCACAACAUCUUCAAGACCAAGUCAUAAGAAGUAAUUACUGAACAAACAGCUCAAAGCGUUUCGUUAGUCGGUGCGUGUCGGUCGGUCACUGGAUCCAUCGAUCGGGCGAUCGUUGGUCACUCACUGGUUCGUACGCUUAUUCCUUCGUCUGAUACAUCAUCAACAUCUUCGUCGUAACAAACUUACACAGUUACAUGUAUUUGUGUGUGCAGUGAAGGCGUUCGGUCGGUCCAGUCGGUUGGGUCCAGUCGGUCGGAAGUUUGUUCAGCUUUGAAUGUCUUUAUGCUUUAAUCAUGGUGAAAUUGACCACCGACACAAUACGCUACCACAUUAGAACCUUUCUGAUUACAAAUCAUGACAGAAGGACAUGAAAGCGACUUCUUAGUUACAGUACGCGCACAGGUUAUGACCAGAGACGAAAGCACCGAGGGUUGGUUACCACUCGCCGGGGGUGGUUUAGCAAAUGUUUCAAUACGCAAACGUGCUAGACUAUCCCCUGGCGCUGCUGGACAUGAAUAUAUCAUUUACGGCCAAAGAAUCUCUGAUCAAAGUGUAAUUUUAAGCUGUGUCAUAAAUCGUGAUCUGAAGUAUUACAAAGUGAUGCCCACAUUUCAUCACUGGCGUGCUGGUAAACAACGCAAUGGUCUCACUUUUCAAACGGCUGCCGAUGCGCGCGCCUUCGACAAAGGCGUACUACGCGCCUACAAUGAAUUAAUUGAUGGCCUGGCCAAAUCUAACCCAUCAAUAAUAUGUCCGCCACUUACAAAAUAUGACUCUGUGGGUGAAGACGACGUUUUUAUGACCCUAGAUCUACCUAUAGAAGCCGAGUGCAUACAAAAGUCACAUUCAAGUCCCGAAGGCAGCGAAAAAAGUCACAAAAGUAUUAGUGUCGAACGUGGUGAACGCAUCAGUAACAAAAGCGAUUUGGACCGAUCUUCGGAUGGUACUGUCACUCAACAUCCUAAGGCCACCAUUCACUACAUAUCGAACGAGAAAUCAUGCAGCCUACAAACGCCACCACCACCACCCUCACUGUCCGCUAUCAACGCGUCAACUGGUGGUCAUAACAAUAGCAACGUUAUCACAAACGUAAGCGCGGCCAUCGUAUCGCCCCCAAUCACCACAGUCUCGUCGAGUCAACUUGAAGCGCCACCGCCAUCGCUGCCAACAGCCAUUGCGCCUAGCGAGAAUUACUCCUAUGUUCAACUAACAGCGGUGCAUGAUUACAAUUAUCCGGUUGUCGAUCAGCCGGCUGGCGCGCAAGUGUUAAACGCACGCCGCGAAUCGAUCAGCGCAUUGAAAAAACGAAAUGCUUUGGAAGCUGCACAAGCACUUGCGGCUGCUCAAUCUUCUCCAAUUGCCGCUGGUGUGAUAAUCAAAGAUCCCACGAGCAAUGUGGAUAUCAUUAAGAAGAGUCAACGCGCUCGCUGCCGCUACUGUCACGAGCUCUACAAUGACGAAUGGAAUCGGAAGGGUGCCUGUGAAUUUGCACCCGAUCGCUUUCGUUCGGCAUUCGAGUAUAUUUCGGGCAUGGGUUGUGCGCGUUGUAUGUUGUAUCAUUGUAUGAGCGAUGCCGAGGGUGAAACGCCACAACAUCCAUGUCAGUGCGUCAAUGAAGCUGGCUGCACUAAGCGUUGGCUCGGCUUGACCUUGCUAUCGUUGCUCGUACCCUGCCUUUGGUGUUAUCCGCCGCUGCGCGCCUGCCAUUGGCUGGGAGUAUCAUGCGGCGUGUGCGGCGGUCGACAUAAACCACAAGUCUGACAUUUGGAGGGACAAUUGCAACAACAAUUUGACAAUGGCUAUGUUUACGGUUACGAGGAUGCUAUGAAUUCAGACAGUUAUGAUUACGAUGGCAACGGCAUUGGCGAUUUGGAUGAUCACUACGAUAGCUACAAUUACAACUACAACUAUUGCAACUAUAAAAAAUAUAAUUACAAUAAUUAUAGCUACAAUUACAAUAACUACAACCAAUAUAAACAACAACAGCCACAGAAAGUGCAACCAAAACAACCACAAAGGCAACAGCCAACAAGCGCUAGUGGCACAUUAACACAACAAUUCGAACAAUGGCACCUUAGCGAUGACGCCAUAAUAGCUAAGGAACAGGAGAAAAUCAACAAGCAGCGUUUGAAACAACAAAAGAAGGAAAAGAAGAAAAAAAUUAAGCAACAACAACAACUCCAAACGCCAAUACAUUAUGCCCUGCAACAAGCACGACCCACAGCACAACAAAAUGACUAUGGGCGUUUGCUUUUCUAAAUUAAUACGCUUCAUAUAUUUUUUUAGAACUUUUGAUUUUGGCACAAAGUGAAAUCAUAUAUGUUUUAUGAUUUGUUGCUUAAAUUUGGAUUUCGAAACAUUUACACUUAUAUAUCAUAUAAAUUGCUUAAGUUAAUUUUUUCGCGCAAAUCACUUUUAUCAUCUAUUUUUGUUUUUUUUUUGUAUAUAUAUAUUAAAUCUGUGAGGCCAUAUAUAAUACAUUCUAGUAUUUUUAACCACAUGCUUAAACGCUAACAAUUCAACAAUUCACACAAAAGCUGAUAAGUUCAAAACUUAUAUUCUCUACUUAAGAACAGCCUGCACUGUCUUUUCGCAUAAAUAUUUUUUUUUUAUAUGCGUUGAUUAAUCUUUUUAAGUGAUACAUAUAUUUAUAUAGUGUAAAAACUGGUGUUUUAUGUACAGUUUCUAAAUUAGUUAAGACAUUUUAUUUUUAAGCGUGUGACUUGAAAUCUAAUGUUAAGUUGUAAAUAUUUAUCUAACGGUAAACAUUGCGGCGUUCAUUUAUGAUGACGACGUUUGUUUUAAUUUAAUUUAAUUUUUAUUUUUUUUUGAUUUUACAUAUUUUACGUGUAAAAUACACAUUUCUGUAUCUUUCAUUGGCUAUAGAUGCUUCGUUUAUUUUAAUUAAUGUUAAUACAAAUGUGCCACUUAUAAUUGUUUGCUCUAAUAUAUAGUAUGUUUAAGUUUACCGAAGUUUUUUAUGAGCAGCGUGCACAGUAUUACUAAAGCAAAUAUUCAAAUCUAAUAGUACAAGUAAAAAUAAAAGUAAAUAAAUGGCGUUAACGCAUAAAAUAAGCUAGAAAGCUGCUGUCAAAUCUUAAAAAUGCGUUUCGUAAAAUGAGAAUUGAAAAAUGCUAAAGCAAAUAAAAUUACGUGAACAAAAUUUUUCGUAAUAAAGAAUUGCCUAAAAGAAGCGUUCAAAAAAUUUGUAAAGAGAGAAAUGAAUGUGACAUAAAAGGUACAAAAAUUAGUAUGUUUUGUUUUAUUAGUUUAUUUUUUUAAAGGAAUAAAAAUUUAAUAGCAAUCUAAUAAUUUUUUCUAACUUAAUAAUAAAUAUAUAUAUUUAUUUCAACUUAAUAUUGAAUAUAUUUAUUUUUCGUUUAGUAAUCAUCUGUACAAUAGUGUUGUACUUUUGUUACCUUGACAAUUGGCGUUAAUACUUAUUACAUUAUUCUUUUUUUUUUAACAAAAUAACUGUAUCUUCCCAAAAAAAUUAUAUUAUUUUAGAUAUGAGCACAAUACUCAUUUGAUAGCCAACGCAAACAAUUCAACUGUAACCUUUAAAGCUUCAGAAGGCUACAAAUUUGUAAUGUGCUCUACUCUACAAUAAAUUAUUAGAAAUUAAAUAUAUGGCAACACGCUGUAGUCGGUGAAAAUUGAAGAUUUCCAACCGGCUGCUUAUGAAAAACAAAAUCCAUUAAAACCAAAAUAGUGAAGUCAGCGCUACUAUUUUACAAAAUAAAUUAUGAGAAAUUCUGCGUACAAAAAUAUUAUUGUAUAAUGAAAAGAAAAAAAAAAACUAUUCACGCAAAUGAGGUAAAAGCAUGGCUCAUUGAA